ACCUCCGAGGACGAGGGCGAGGACGGGUACAAGAAGGGCGGGUACCAUCCCGUCAAGAUCGGAGAGACGUACAAAGACGGUCGGUACGUCGUCCUCAAGAAGCUCGGCUGGGGGCACUUCAGCACGUGCUGGCUGUGCGCGGACACCGCGGCGGGAAAGAUCUCAAACUCGCCCGCGCACGUCGCGCUCAAGGUGCAAAAGUCCGCGUCGCAUUACACGGAGGCGGCGCGCGACGAGAUCGACAUCCUGACGAAGAUCGCGAACGGCGGCGACGGGAGCGGGAUCACGCGCGUCGUGAAGCUCAUGGACGCGUUCGAUCAUAAAGGCCCGAACGGGCUCCACGCGUGCAUGGCGUUCGAGGUGUUAGGGGAUAACCUCCUCGCGCUGAUUAAACGGUACGACUACCGCGGCGUCCCUUUGAAAGCGGUGAAGGCGAUGUGUCGGGACGUGCUGCUGGGUUUGGACUACCUACACUCGCGGAAGCUGAUCAUUCACACGGAUCUCAAGCCGGAGAACAUAUUACUGACGACGCCGCUGCCGCCGCGCGAGGAGGAGGAGGAGGCGGCGCCCGCGGCGACGGCGGCGCCCGCGGCGGCGGCGGCGGCGGGCGAGGUGAAACGGGAGGAGGAGGAGGAGGGCGUGGGCGAGGCUGCGAUGGCGGCGAUGGAUCUGUCCCCGUCGGGUCGAGGGAAGGAGGACGCGCCGGCGGCGGCGGCGGCGGCGGCGGCGGAGGGAGGCGCCGACGACGGAAGCGACGCGGCGCUGACGAAGAAUCAAAAGAAAAAGGCGAAGAAGCGCGCGAAGAAAGCGGGCGGCGGCGGGGAUGCGACGAGGACGAAGGGUAUCGCACCCGUCGACGGCGACGGCGGGAAGAAAGGCGGCGCGAGCAAAGGCGCGAAGGGCGGCGGCGGCGGCGGCGGCGGAAAAAAAUCCCGCGGCCCGCUGCUGUCCCAACGCGACGUCGACGCGUUGGAAUGCCGCAUCGUCGACCUCGGGAACGCGUGCUGGACGUACAAGCAGUUCACGCAGGACAUCCAGACGCGGCAGUACCGCUCCCCGGAGGUCAUAUUAGGAAGCAAGUACAGCACCCCCGCGGACGUGUGGUCGCUCGCGUGCAUCGCCUUCGAGCUCGCGACCGGCGACUUGCUCUUCGACCCGCGGACGGGAAAGGACUACGACAGGGACGAAGACCACCUCGCGCUGAUGAUGGAGCUCGUCGGACGGAUGCCGAAGAAGAUCGCGCUGGGGGGGAAGUACUCGCGGGAUUACUUCACGCGGCAAGGAGACUUGCGGCACAUACGGAACCUAAAGUUCUGGCCCCUCGCCAAGGUGCUCUCGGAGAAGUACCAGUUCGCCGCCGACGACGCGGAGGAGAUGAGCGCGUUUCUGAUGGCCAUGCUGGACUUCGCGCCGGAGAAGAGGGCGACCGCGGGGGAGCUGUUGCGGCACGCGUGGCUGAAGGACGUCAUGGACGGGAUCGAGCUGCCGCGAAGUGAGGCGAAGGGAGAGGGGGGGGGCGCGGCG